AUGAGGCAUCCAACGUUUCGGAUUAUAUUGACCCUCGUUUCGCUGCACCACCUCACCGGAUCGAUACAAGUCGCCAAAAUCGGGCUAAAUGAUAACACUUUCAAAACAAUACCGCGACACUUCUGGCACGAUAUCUCCCCGCCGUACACCGACCUGCCGGAUGACGACGUCGAGGAGGAGUCUGAGGAAAGCACCACCCAUGACCCGUAUCCGUUUUUCGACGAAACGAACAUGACGGCAAAUGUAACCACACAGCUUGGGAACGACGUGUAUCUGCACUGUCGCGUAAACGAUCUGAGGGAACGAACCGUGACUUGGGUGCGCCGAAAAGGAGAUGACAUCCAUUUGAUCACAGUAGGCCGCCACACGUACAGCAGCGACUCGCGCUACUCCUUGCAGUACCAGGCCCCGAACGAUUGGCAGCUGCUGAUCCAGUAUGCAAAUGAACGAGAUGAGGGUCUCUACGAGUGUCAGAUAUCGUCCCACCCACCGUUGGUGUUUCUCGUCUAUCUGAUCGUAGUCGGUAAGUUAAAGCAGCAGCAGCAGCAGCAAUCCUUUCUCAGCCAGGGCAAUCGGAUUCCUAUCAGCCUACUGCGCGUAAAGUGA